AUGAGAUCUAGCAACAUUAACCUCACCAGAUCUACAACAGUUGUUAGCAAUGCUAAACAACCAAAUACCCUUAGAACUAAUGUCACUGCCAUUACUAAUGCUAUUAAACCUAAGACUACCACUACCACCAAGCCGAUCAACAUCGCUAUUGCUACUGCUAGAAACAAUACAAAGUCCCAAAAUAAGAUCACUGUCAACACCACAGCCAAUAAUACUAAGAAAUCUAAAGCAGCCAUCAACACCAACAAACUUACAAUUGGUUCUCAGUUAAUCAAAGUUAAUCCUUCCGUUGUUACUAAUGUGGCUAGUGUUAGUAGACCUGCUGCUGCUACCAGACCUACUGUCACCACUAAGGCAUCUGAUUCAAAAGUUAAUGAAAAGAGAUCUACCACAACUUCUAAUAUUAAGCGCAAAGGAUCAGAAGAAAAGCUAGAAUCAUCUGUUGAUAAUAAACAUAAAAGAAUUGCAUUGACACAACCACCGCCAACUAUAGAAUCUCUUAAUGAAUUACGUCAGUUGGAAAUGACAAUUAGGAUAGAGCAAGAAGAAUUAAUAAAAUUAAAACAAGAAUAUCAAGUGUUAGAAAUUAAGUUGAACGACUCUAAAUGUGUCUAUGAAGAAAUUAGCAAUGAAAGAAAAGAAACAGAAGUCAACUUGUCUGAAUUAAGAUAUGAGUUAUUGGUAUCAAAUCUAGAAAUUAAAGACUGUGAAGAAUUUGUCAAGGAUAUGCAAGAAAAAUUAAAAAAAACCAAAAAUGAACGAAUGAAUGAAUAA